UUUAUUCCCAAAAUGUUGGCUUUGAUUCUAGUGCAGCAAUGGGAACAGGCUCAAGGGUGGUGUUCUACCCAUCAAGCUUUAAGCCCUCCACCAGCACCUCUAAGCCUGUCCAAAGCAACAACCAGCAGGUAGCUUCAGCCCAGCCUGUGUGGAGUAGUUCUCCACCUAGCUUUGUUUCCCCAAGUGUUGGCUUUGAUUCUAGUGCAGUGGGAUCAAGUGGCUCAAGGGCAUUUUCUUACACCACAAGCUUUAAGCCCUCUGCUAGCGCUUCACAGCCUGUGCAAAGCUCCUUGCUGGUAGGUGCUUUGGAGCAGCCUGUCCAAACGGCUUCCCAGAGAGUAUCUUCAGCUCAGCCUGUACUGAGCAGCUAUCAGUCUGGCCUUUAUUCCCAAAAUGUUGGCUUUGAUUCUAGUGCAGGGACAGGCUCAGGGGGGUCCUUCUAUACCUCAAGGUUUAGCCCCCCCAACAGCAUUUCUAAGCCUGUCCCAAGCAGCUACCAGCAAGUAACUUCAUCCCAGCCAGUGCAGAGCAGUUAUCCAUCUGGAACCAGUGGGAUUGGACUGGCAUCAAGUGACUCGAGGGCCUACAGCUCUUCAGGAUCUUCCUAUCCCUCAAGCCGUAACCCCCGUACUAGCAUUUCUAAGCCUGUUGAAAGCCCUUUCCAACAGUUAGCUUUGGCUCAGCCAGCUCAGAGUAACUAUCCACCUGAAGCUGCUUCCCAAAAUAUUAGAAUGGAUUCUUCUCUGACUGAUGUGGAAGAAAGCGUCUUGAGAAAUGACUACAGUUCUGAAGAUGCUACAUCUGGAUUAAACUACAGCCCUUUCACCAGCAUAUCUACACCUUCCCAAAGUACUUACCGACAGGUGACUGCAGCCCAGCCUGUUCAGAGCCGUUACCAAGAUGUGCCUUUUCCCCAAACCAGCUAUGGUGCUAGUUUGAGUGGUGUGACCUCAACCGGUUCAAGGAGUGUGUAUACCCCUUCAGACUCAGUGGCUUUGCCUGCCCAAGACAUGGCUCUUAGACCUGGCUUGACUCCAGUAUCUGCUCAAGGGUUCAGAUCACCAUAUUCCUAUGCUCAGGCUGUGAGUUCCCUAGACGACUCUGAACCCUCUGCUGGCUCUCCAAGAUUAACGUGGACACAAAAGACGCUGGAAUAGCUGAUAACUUCCACUCCAUGGUUGGAUUGUUGCAGCAGCUGAACCUUUUGAUUCAAAAAAAUUCUAAAUAAAUAUUUGCAACUA